CUGAGUGACGAACGUGUCAUUUUAUCGUAUCUCGCCAUCUGCCUCUUCCCAAAUUGCUCACUAGAAGAGAGAUCGGUUACACUGAGUUUACAGUGAAGAAGUGACAAACGCCAUGGGAAGACUCAGAGCUAAAUGCGACUACGAAGAUCUCAGAAACGCUCGCAUUUUAGAGAAUAAGGAGCGAUUAGCGUCCCUAGGGUUGAAGAAGGCAGUAACCGAACUUCGUUCCAUUAUUUCCUCUGCAAAAUCGGCAAGGAUCCACGCGAGAAAAUGUCACAACACGCUCUCCCGAAUCUCUCUUCCUCUUCGUCGUUCCGAUCGAUUGAAGCAGAUUUCACCCGUCUCUACUCCAGUUCGUUGCCAGAUUUCCUUCCGGAGGUCCGACAGACUGAAGAGGAAAUUAGUUCUAGACAGUAAUGAAGUGGAGGGAGAGGUUGUGAAUCGGCCUGCGAAUGCUCCUUUAGUGAAGAUUAGUAAUUCGGAACAUUGGACUUCGCCGGAUGCGUCGGCACGGAGGUGUAAUAGUAAGGGACGAGGGGGCGUUUAUGAUCCUGUUUUUGGAAUCUGUUGCCAUUUCUGCAGGCAGAAGAAGCUAUGUGGUGAAGAAGAUUGCAGGAGAUGUGGCGAUUUUGAUAUGGAUGAACCAUGUAUCGGAAAAACCGAUUGCUCUGUUUGUCAUUCCACCAAUGGUGUCUUCUGCCGAGCUUGUCUGAAAGUCAGAUAUGGUGAAGAAAUGGAAGAAGUGAUUAAGAACAAGAAAUGGAUGUGUCCUCAUUGUGUGGAGGAGAAAGGAAUCAACUCAUAUUGGAUAUGCAACAGUUCAUUGUGCUUGAAGAAACGCAAGAUGGCUCCAACUGGGCUUGCCAUUUACAGAGUUGACUUUUGCAGCUCGGAAAAUGGGGUACGAAUCUGUUGCACAUUUGUUAAUGGAUGAGCUUAAGCGAGCAGAUUUACGCAACAGAUAAGCUUUUCGUUCUCUCUUUUUUACUUAUGAUCUACUAGAGUUUCUAGUGAUGUGAAGUAGUAGUAAGUGUGGGAGUUUUUGCUUCUAGUCUGUAUCAUAUGUUUUUCACAAUCAUCAAUGCAUAGAGUAAUUAGAUUUCCCCAAAUUCAGUUUCAAACUAUCUGUUUGGGAAUAUUUGGAUUUAGUUAUCACAAGUUUUAGCCAAUAAUGGAUUAGUAAUCAAUGGGCCAUUUCAAUGGCCAUCUCAAACUCUCAAAACGUGAACUUAUACUUCGGUCCAAUUCUAAUAGUUAAGCCCAAGAGUUGGCCAUUGGACCAUAGGGCCAUACUUGAGUAUUGAGUACUGGGUUUGCCUUUUAA